AUGUGGAAUACAGAGAUCCCGUACCUUUUAAUAUCUGGCAGUUGGGAUUACACAAUUCGAGUGUGGGAUACAAGGGAUGGGACGUGUCUGGACACUGUAUAUGACCAUGGGGCAGAUGUAUACGGCUUAACCUGCCAUCCUAAUCGACCAUUCACUAUGGCAUCUAUGUGCUCCCGGACUCCACAGUUCGCCUCUGGUCUCUAACACCAUUGAUUUCACCUUUACAAAUAAACAUCCUGGCAGAUCGUCCUUGGAAGAAAUUAUUGGUGGUAACACUGAUCGUGCCAUGGAGCCUGGUGCUCCACCGUUACUGUGCGGAAAAGUAUCCCGUGAUAUCAAACAAGAAGUAGACAAACUGACUGGCAACCUCAGAGGGAAGAAAUUAAGAUGGUUUUCAGAAUGUCUCUCUCCUCCAGGAGGCAGUAAAAAUUUAUGGGACUUAGUAGCAGUGUUAAAAGGUCAAGAUGACAGCCUUCUCCCACAAAACUACUGCAAAGGGAUAAUGCAUAUGAAGCAUCUUGUCAGAUUUAAGACAUCUAAAGCCCAGGAGCUAACAACAGUGAAGAUGUCCAAGUUUGGUGGUGGCAUUGGUGCUCCAAGCAAAGAAGAGAGGCUAAAAGAAGCUGCAGAGAUCCAUUUAAGACUAGGACAGAUCCAGAGAUAUUGUGAACUAUUAGUGGAACUUGGAGAGUGGGAUAAGGCACUAUCAGUGGCUCCUGGUGUUUCUAUGAAAUACUGGAAAAAAUUAAUGCAAAGAAGAGCGAGUCAGCUCAUUGAAGAGGAAAAUGAUGAUGUCAUUCCCUACUGUAUAGCUACUGGGGAUGUGAAAAGAUUGGUCCAUUUCUUUACCUCCAGGGGGCAACUUAAAGAGGCACUACUGGUGGCACAGGCAGCUUGUGAAGGCAACAUACAGUCUGAUCAUGUUUCAGUAAUGACUGCAUCCCCAACUGAAGGCAACAAUGUGGAAGAUUACACAGAGCUUCUGCAUCGAGUCAGUACAGAACUAGCAGAGUGGUAUUUCCAAGAUGGGCGGGCUGUCCUUGCAGCAUGCUGCCAUUUGGCAGUGGACAACAUUGAACUGGCCAUGGCCAACCUCAUUCGUGGCAAUGAGCUGGAACUGGCGGUAUGUGUCGGCACGGUACUUGGAGAGAGUGCUGCUGAAGCCACCCAGUAUGCACUGGAACUGCUGGCAAGGAAAUGCAUGACAGUAACAACAUGCUUUCCAUCUCUUGGAUACAGGGAUUUGGCAGCAGAUCUUCUCAGAAUGAUACCUGACAAUGAGCUCUCCUUGGUCAAGCUGUGCGCUUUUUACCCAGGAUGCACUGCAGAGAUUAAUGACCUUCACAGCAAAUGUAAUUUGCCAUGUUUGGAAGAAUGUGUGCAGAUGGCAGAGACCUGUUAUGCAGAUGGAGACAUCUUCCAAGCUGUCAAAUAUUACUUGCUAAGUUCAGAACCAGAAAAGGCCAUGCCUAUUGGGAUCAGUUUUGUAAAAGAACAUAUCAGCAGCACUGAAUGGACCUUGGAUUCCAUUUGUCCAAUCCUUGAUCUUCUCAGUUACAUCAGAACGGAGAGAUUAGUACUUCAUAAAUGUAGUGAGUGA